AUGCAUAAUGAUAAGGAAAGUAGUACAAAAAAACUAUCAAACUUUUCUUGUAGUGGCCCUAGUGGCGCCGAAGAAUCUUUUGUUUGUGGUGACCCUUGUGGUGCCGCCAAGGAAUUUGUUUGCAAUAACCUUUGUGGUGUCGUUUAUGGUGACUUUAACGUUGCCAAGAAGUCUUUUGUUCACAGUAAUUUUUGUAGUACUGAGGAAUCUUUCAUUGGCGGUGACUUUCAUGGCGCUGAGGAAUCUUUUGUUAGCGGUAACUUUCAUGAUGCUGAGGAAUCUUCUUUUUGUGGUGACUAUUGCAGUGCAAACCAUUCUAUCAUCUAUAACCAUUCUAUUAUCCACAACUAUUCUAUCGUCCAUGACCAUUCUGUUGCCUAUAAACAUUCUGUUGCCUAUAUUUUUGUUGUCUAUAAUUCUGUUGCCUAUAGUUCUGUUGCCCGUAAUUCUGUUGCCCAUAAUUUUGUUGCCUAUUAUUUUGUUGCUCAUGAUCAUUUUGUUGUCUAUGACAAUACUGUUGUCCAUGACAAUGCUGUUGUUUACGACAAUGCUGUUGUCUACGACCUUGGUCAAGUUCAAAAUCUUGGUCAAUCUGGUGUUUACGAUCUCGGCCAGCAGUUAUCCCCUAACUAUAUAGCGGAAGAAAAUGUGGUAUUUGUAAUGAAGGGGCACAAUGCUCGUACUUGCUUUAGAGAGA